UUGCACACCGCGGAAAUACACACUGCAGCAUGGCUUCUCAGUGCAUGAAGUUUACUACUGAGCGAUUUUACCACCAGUUAGGGAAAAUACCAGAACAUUUUCUCUGUGUUGGGGAUUCUACGAGGUAAAUUUACUCUGGGACACAUUUUAUUUCGACGAGACAACACCGACUGUUACUUUUUAAACGUUACCUGGUUAGUAAGUGACGAAGCUCGCAUGAACAACGUGGCUGAGGACGGUGAAAUACUUCAUUAAAUGAGAGGAAAUAUUUAAGGGAAAGCAGUUGCCAUAAUGUCUAAAACGAAGGCAAAAAAUGCAAACGUUCAGCCCACAAAUAAAGAGAAGAACAGCACCGUUAAAAAGAAAAAGAAGUACUGGAUAAAACAGAAGAUUAAAAUGCCUCCAAACAAGAGCCAAGAAAAAGCUGAAGCUCAGCAAACUGCUCCUCCACAGGAUGCCCAGCACUUCUCUGCCAACUGGAAAAUAUUACAAGAGAUGUUAAAGGCCAGUCAGCCGGAGAAGAAGCAGCAGCCUGUGACACCCAAACAUCAGAACGGUGUCCUGCCAAAAAAACCUACAGAAACAUCUUCUAAAAAUAUUUCCAAGAACAUUGCUGGUCCCAGCCAAACAGACAGCGGGAAAAAAGUGAAGCACAAAACUGUCUCGAACAGCAUUGGCGUCCCCAAGGAGACUCAGGUGAAUGUGAAGGAGCCAGCUGCCUCCGAGACGAAGCAGCCUGCUGCUCCAAAAAGGAAAAGGGACGGUGGAAAGUCAAACAGCGAGCAAGCAGCCAAGAAACAGAAGUCUGAGGUCGAAGAGAAGAAGGCUACAGAAGACGACCUCUGGUUUGAUGAUGUGGACCCCGAUGACAUUGAGGCAACGGUGGGAGCAGAAGCAGCAGAGAUCAUGAGGAAGAAGCAGGGCAUACAGAAACCCAAGGACACAGAGAGCGCCCUGGUCAAGGAGAAAGCGUUUGAGGGCCUCACCAAAAUUGUGGCCAUUGAUUGUGAGAUGGUGGGAGUUGGUCCCUCCGGAGAGGACAGCAUCUUGGCCCGUGUGUCCCUCGUGAACCAGUUUGGGAAAUGCAUCUAUGACAAAUACGUGAAACCAACAGAGAAGGUGACGGACUACAGGACAGCCGUCAGUGGAAUCCGACCAAACGACAUCAAAGACGGAGAGAAUGUAAAGACAGUGCAGAAGGAAGUGGCUGACAUCUUGCAAGGGAGGAUAGUGGUUGGACACGCCAUACACAACGACUUAAAGAUUCUGCUUUUGGAUCAUCCAAAAAAGAAAAUCAGAGACACUCAGAAGUAUAAACCCUUUAGGAAGAUUGUAAAGAGUGGUCGACCCUCAUUAAAGGUCCUCUGUAGAGAAAUCCUCCAUGUGAAAGUCCAACAGGGUGAACAUUCAUCUGUCCAAGACGCACAGGCCACCAUGAGGCUGUACACCCUGGUGAAAAAACAGUGGGAAGCAGAGAUUAAAGCCAAUCAGAAAAACAAAGACACGGGUGAGAAGAAGAAAAGAAAGCCCAGGUUGGCAAGGAACAAGAAUCUCAAGAGAUUAUGAAUUUGAAACCAAUAUGCAAGACAACAGCUCAUUUCCUGAUCAGAGCAGAUCUGACUGAAGCCAGCAGAGGUUUGGGUUUGUUUUCAAGAGAGGAAGAAAUCACAAUCGUUUUUUUUAAUAAACGGAUGCUGAACACUUACGACAGUCUAAAAGCAUGACUCUUAUCUAUCACAGCUGCCCUUCAAAGUGAGCAAAAACAAACUAUUAAGAAUCUCACUGGAAAUGACAGAUGUCCUUAGAAAUGUGUUUGAAAUGUGCAUCAGCAGGUGGUGACUGAUUUCAUCAGAGUUCCUCAGACAGGUUGAGCCAAGUUGUGAAACACUUGUUCGCUGAUCAGUCAGGAGUUGCGCAAAGCAAAGAUGUUCAUUCUUGAAGAUGUUGGACUUUCUCACACAGAAAUGAAACCAUCUGAGAGUUCAAGUCUUUAUUCACACUCAUUUUUCUCCAAACUCAUUUCCUCCUAAAGAUGUUCCAGACAUCAUGUCCUAAUGUGUUAUUCCCAGCAGUCGGAGGCAGGUGUUCAAAUCACGCAACAGCUUCCUCUGUGGUGCGAUCUUUAGAAUCAUUUGUCCACAGCCACCAAGUGCAGUGUUGAUGUAUUGUUUGUCCAGCGCGACGUUAGUAUUUUAUAAAUGGUCUCAUGGUGUGGUUUGUAAGAAUUGAUGGUUGCUUAAAAAGUUGGACGCUUUAAGAAGUUUGAAUAAAAUGAGAGAAACUCUUUAUAAAUAUUUGUAGCUGAAUUUAUUGUUUAGGAUCAUUUAAAUCAAUGCAAGAAGUGAACAUUUCCAGGUUCAUUGUUGCCUAAUUUCUUAAAACACAUGCAAAGUUUGCUGUUGAUCCACAGAAUAUGCACAAUGUUGCUGGUUUGGUUCUAUCAAAACUGUCUCUUGCAGCUUGUAAUCACGUGGUUCUUUUUACGUCAUGGAUGCCCAGAAUUUGUCCAACUUAAAUGGAUCUUGGUGCCACGUCUGGUACACAGUUGCUCUUGACCACAUGAGGUGAUAUUGAUUCAUUUAACAUCAUUUUAAGCAUUUGCAAAGUGAAUUUGUCAUUUUGAAUUUCCUACAGUCACUUGUCUUUGCGUUGGAGCUUUUCCUAGUUUUCUAUAAAUGUGUUUCUUCUGCUGGGGUAGAAUGAGGGAUUCAGGCUCCUCACAGUAUGUCAGUGUGAUUUGCUGCCCGUGUUGUGUAGCAGAAAUGAAACUCACACCUUUGGUGGGAAGACUCCUAGUUCUAAAUGACACUCUUAAGUUAUGGAGCUCAGCCUGACUCCAGGGACCUCAGACGGAUGAAAACUUUCUAUCUUUCUCUGACAAACACACAAGAAGAGAUAUUAGGAGGACGGUGAACUCUGUUUGCUGCAAAUACUGUGUUUUAUGGUUGCUUUUAGUCUCAAAAGCAAACAUAUCCUGCCCAGGUUGUUUGAAUGUACUUUCAGUAUGAUUCUUAAAGCAUCUUAGGGAACAUUUGUCAGACAGUUUUAAUUUUUAAUUUUUUUUUUUAGCCAAAUUCAGUAUUGUAUUGCUCACUGCCAUCCAGGUCUGAAAUAUUAAGUGAUAUAAUUGUUUUUUCUUGUUUGUUGUGGUAAUAAAAAUAAGAAUUGUCGGCUCCCUGUG